AUGUAUGGAGCCCUCGCAACCGACGACAAAGUUCGUCGUAGAGCUGUUGCCCUGGCCUCAAGGUGCGAGCUUUGUGGAGUCGCUUGUGAAUCUGGAACGCACAUUUUUCUGAACUGCAACUACUCAAGUGAUGUUCUGAGGGAAAUCUUGCUUUAUUUCAAUGAAAGCUUGAAUGGGUUCCCAACCAUCCAACUUUUAUUUUCUUGGUGGCUCACACCCCUACCCAAAAUUUGGGGUCCUCUAAAAGUUAUUAUCUGUCAACAGAUUUGGCUGGAACGAAAUAGAAGGAGAUAUGAUAAUAUUAAAAGAUCCCACUCCCAGGUGGUGAAAAUGUGUUUCAGAGAAGUGAGGGAUUGCACCAAGACAGAAGGGGUAAUGAUUAAAUCAGUUCAUGAUUUAACUCUUGCUAGAAUGCUGCGAACUCCCACCGCCAGAUCACCUGCAAAGCCUAUCCUGGAAGUAAAAUGGAAGCACCCUCCUUCAGGUUGGUUGAAAUUAAACAUCGAUGGGUCCUCGUUUGGAAAUCCAGGAUCAGUGGGUGCAGGUGGUAUAUUCAGAAACCGCAACUUGGCUCUCCAAUUAAAUGCUUUGCUUCUUUCUAGGCGGUUAGAACUAAUUUCAUGGCCGAGAUGGCAGCGUUCAUGGUGGGUAUUAAAGAAGCUUGCGAGCUUCACAUCUCCAAGUUCUGGAUAG